AUGCGAAUCAACGAUGAUUUACAUGGAUUGAAUGAGGAACAAAAAUUGGUAAAUUUUUUAAAUUUUUUAAAAAUUUAAAACUUAAAAAAUAAAAUAAAAUUUGACUUUCAUUGUUUUUUAGAUCACUUAUUGUGUUACCAAAAAAAAAAAAGACAUUAAAAAUUUUUUUAAUUUAAAAAAAAUGUUGGUCCCGGGUCUAACUUUAAAGUUGCCCAAGAACCUGGCCUAACUUUUAGACCCGGCCUUUUUCAACUUUAGCUCCGGGCGGCCCAAUUGUAAGACCUCACACACAGGCCGGGCAGAGCCUACACGGCCCUUUUUUCACCCCUAAUUUUAGUAUCCGUAGACAAAAAGUUUUGAAUUGUGCAAGUUUUGGGUUAACUAUUGCUAUUUAAGCAAGCUUACUGUAAAAAAAAUUUUUUUUUUUCAGUUUUGUAUCUAAUUUUACGUCAGAAAUUGUAGCAGAAUACAAAACAUAUUUAAAAUUAUCUUUAUUCAAAGUUAAAAACAAUAUAGCAAAAUGAAGACUACAAGUGUCUCUUUUACUAUAAAUUCGCGGUUUCUUGUAUCUGUAAUAUGAUAUUAUUUGAGUUUCAAAGCGUAAAAGUUUUUGCAAAGUAACUGAAAGUACAAAAGAUAUCGUUAGCCUUUAGAGUUUUAUGGUUUCAAAGUUUCUUUAAAGGUAUAAGAAGAUGAAUAAUACUGUAUCUGAAAGGAAUACAGUAUACCUCUGUUAAAAAACUGUUACAGAAACGUUAUAGGCUUACUACAUAUACCAUAUUACAAUACACCAAAAUCAAAUAUAAUGUAUACUUUUAGCUGCGCCACUCCGUUCACAAGUUCCUACAAAAAGAAUUGGCACCUUAUGCCAAGGAAAUCGACGAGAAAGACGAUUUCGACAAAUUACACGAAUUUUGGCUGAAAAUCGGAGAACAAGGCUAUCUCGGUGCUACAGUAGACCCUCAAUAUGGUGGAAGUGGAUUAUCAUACAUGGACCAUUGUAUCAUCGUCGAGGAAAUGCACCGAGCUUCUGGAGCUAUCGGCUGUCGGUAUGUUAACCAUAGUAACUUGUGUGUCAAUCAAAUCAGCAGAAAUGGCACUCAUGAACAAAAAAAGAAGUAUUUGCCCAAGGUAAGUUUGGAAAGUGAUUGUGUAAAAUGUAUUACUGUUUUUGACCAUUUUUGUACUUUAUGCCAUAACUAAUCCUUAAAAAUUGUAAUUUUGACCUUGCAGCUCUGUACUGGCGAAGCAUUUGGAUCGAUUUGUAUGAGCGAAGUCACCGCCGGCACAGACGUUACUAAUAUGAAAUGUAGAGCCAGAAAAGAAGGUGAUGUUUAUAUUGUAAAUGGACACAAAAUGUGGAUUACAAAUGGCCCAGAAGCCAAUGUUUCAGUACUGUAUGCAAGAACCGACCCGACAAAGGGAAAACAUGGAAUUGCGGCUUUUAUUUUAAAUACAGUAAGCUUUUCUAAAUUAAAAAAAAUUUUUUUUGAAAUUUAAGUAAUGUUUAAAAAAGCGCUUUUAAAAAAAUUAAAAUUUGCUUUCCACUUCCCGUAGGCCUAAUUAGAAAGCAAAUGAAACGUUAUUUCGGAAGAAACAAGUGUGCCCGGUUAGCUCAGUCGGUAGAGCACCAGACUCUUAAUCUGGCUGUCGCGGGUUCGAGCCCCGCAUCGGGCUAAGGCACAUUUUGCUGUUUUAACGCCAGAAUUUUGGUUUUUUUUUGAAAAUCUGUUCAAAAUAGAUUUUCAAUCGUUUCUACUCUUACGUACCUACUAUAAUUUUAGUAUGAACGUUCUUUUUAUAGUAAUAACUACAACUUUAAAAUCAAAAACCAUUCUUCAGAACUCGAAAGGCGUGACAAAAAUGCCAAAAAUCAACAAAAUGGGAAUGCGCGGCUCAGCUACAUGUCAAUUAAUAUUCGAAAAUGUGGAAAUACCGGUCGAAAACGUUUUAAAAUCAGAAGACCAAGGAGUAUAUCUACUGAUGAGCGGGCUGGACUUGGAACGACUAACUUGUGCAGCUGGAUCGCUUGGUAUGAUGCAAGCAGCGUGUGAUGUGGGAUUUGCAUAUGUCAAUCAGCGAGACAUAUUUGGUACCAAAUUGAGUAAAUUACCGGUAAGGAAUGGUAGAAUAGUUGUAUAUACUACCAUAGUUUGAGGAGUAGCUAUCACUCUCCUCAAACUAUGGUUGACUAGAACAAAUUAUACGCCUCCCCUCUCCCUCAAAAAAAUAACUAACCCCCUGGUCGGAACUGAACAUAGAUAUUACUUUUAUAAUAUACAUUAUACCAACUUGUUUACUUUGUAGAUAAUUACAGGUUAGUUACCACGUAAUUAUAAUACUAACGCUGUAGAGCAAAGAUCUUUUGUUUUCAGAUAAUGCAAGCUACGAUGGCCGAAAUGUACACGAAACUGGAGUCUUCAAGAGCCUAUUUGUAUGCCAUCGCCAAAAAUACAUCGGACGGUAGCCCCCUAUCCCCCAAAGAUUGUAAUGCCGCUUUCCUAUUGUGCGGAGAAAAUGCUACAAGUGUUGCGAUGAAGGCUGUACAAAUUUUGGGUAAAUUUCACAGUUGAAUUUUUAAAAAAAUUUAGGUAACAAAACCUUUGUUAUUCUCAAAAAAUGUGAAUUUUAGACAACAAAACAUUGACUAAUUUAAAAAAGUACUUUUUAAGAAAAGAAUUGUAAAAAUACUGAAAAUUACUUGAUUUACAAUAAAACAUCACUUUCAGGAGGUAAUGGAUACACCCGAGACUACCCAGCCGAACGCAUCGCCCGCGACGCCAAGUUAUACGAAAUUGGAGCCGGCUGCACGGAGAUCCGCAAGAUUGUCGUAUCACGAGAAAUCAACAAAAAUUAUCAAUAA